AUGCUUCCGAGACCCAGCUUGAGCGUGCAGCUCCCGAGCCUGUACGACGGCACCAAGCUCGAGUGUCGCGUCUACCACCCGGCCUGCCUGAACGACCCGUCGGUGUCGCUCGCCGCCGCGCCGUGGCCCAGGCACGCCGCUGUUGUCGCGCACCCCUACGCCCCUCUUGGCGGGUGCUUUGACGACCCCGUCGUCGAUGUUGUGGCCAGCGCCCUGCUGCAACUUAGCUUCGUCGUCGCCACCUUCAAUUUCAGAACGUCGACGAGCAACAGAGGCACAUCUUCCUCGGGCGGCCGUACAUCCUGGACCUCGCGACCUGAGCGCGCCGACUACAUGUCGGCCGCUGCUUUCUUGGCCUAUUACGUGCAUUACCUCGAUCCCCCUCAGGCCUCGGCUCCUCGUGCCAACCAGACAGGGCCCGGUCCGACGAUGCUGCUGGCGGGCUAUUCGUACGGCGCCAUGAUCACCAUCAAGCUCCCGCCUUUCGACGCCGUGAUGUCCUACCUUUCGACGCCCGUCGUCGGAACGACGGCUGCCGACAUCCGCCUUCGCGCACAACACCUCGCCGAGCAACAGAACGCCCUCUUUGCCAUGCCGGUCUCGCCGAGGAAGUCACUGGGCAUGCGUACUGGCGGCAGGGAAGACACGCUCCCCCGCAAGAGCUACGACCGGCCGAGGGAACGGGCUCGCGAUGGAGAAGAGAGGAUACGGAAUGGGGUGUUGGAUCUACUGCAGCGGACGAAGCUUAUACGCCAGAAACAAAAGGUCCCAGCCCUGAGUGGCGACCAGGAGACGGAGGCUGUCGAGGGACAGCAAACACACGACUGUCUGGCCAGGGUGGAGGACCUCGUAGGGUUCCGAAGCGCCUACCUGGCCGUGUCGCCGCCCAUCGGCCUCGUCACCAGCCUAGCUACCAUGUCGUUCUCAAAUCCCUUCGCGAGCUGGUCGCGGAGGUCCAGCGGCAGAAGCAGGAACGGCGGCGACGAAGGCGCAGCAGAGCAGGCAGCGGCCGAGGGCAAGCUCACGACAAACCCUACGCUGGUCAUCUACGGGAGCCAAGAUGGCUUCUUGACGCCUCGCAAGGUUCGCGAAUGGACAGCGCAGCUCUCGCGCACGGAGGGCUCUCUGUUUCAACACGUCGAGGUGUCGGGGGCCGGGCACUUCUGGGACGAAGAAGGCGUUGUGGCCAAGCUCACAGGCGCCAUAGCUUCGUUUGCGAGUGGCCUCAUUGGUGAGCAAAAGGUACGAUGA